AUGUCCGAACAAGAGAUUAUGGAAGAACUCAAAAUCCAAGGAGUGACAGCAGUCAAACGUUUUACGAGGAAAUCAAGAGACGGUGACAUCAUCCCGUCAAGCACAUAUCUCUUUACCUUUGCACUUUCAGCACUGCCAAAGUCAAUAAAAGCUGGGUAUAUCAACAUCGGAGUGGAGGUGUAUGUCCCCAAUCCACUCCGAUGUUUCAAGUGCCAAAAAUUUGGUCAUGGCUCCAAAUAUUGUGACCAUUCUGUGAUUUGUCAGCGUUGCGGCGGUGGACAUGAGAACACCGAUUGUGAUGCAGAAAUAAAAUGUGCAAAUUGCAAAGGAAAACAUCUGGCAUCUUCGAAGCUAUGUCCUAUGUGGCAAACCCAAUCCCAAAUUCUAAAGGUCAAGCAUGAAAAUAACAUUUCAUUUCAUGAGGCAAAGAAACUUGUUGAAAAUAAAUCUCCAACACCAAUGAAUAAAUCCUUUUCUGCAGCUGUUGCUCGUUCCUCUCCACAGACCUCAUCAAUCUCUAUUCAGACAGAGUUGUCCUGGGUAAAGUCAGAUCAACCUGUCAGUAUAACUUCAAUCAGUACUUCAAUUACAUCUUCCACCCAAACUGUGACUAUCUCUGAACCAGAUAAUAAGGUGUCUGAUGCUGAAGUGCUUGUCACUGAAGAAUCUGAGGCUCUUGAACCAGAUAUUCAACCAUUGACCAGAAAAGAAAGAAAAAAACUUAACAGAAAACAGACCUCUAGGAACUCCUCACCUUCAGAUAUAGUCGUCCAUAACUCCUUUGAUGCUCUGGACAUGGAUGUCACCCCAUCGUCACAGAGCAGUAGUAGGAGUCCUUCCUCCUCACGUGUACGUGAGCGUUCACCGAUUGAGCCACCAUGA